GUCAUUUAAAUAAACAUUUAUCACCAAAAUGUCAUUUUCUCCAAUGGGUACUCAGAGUUCCUUUUCACCCAAAAGCUGUAAAAUAUCCUUAGCUUACCAACAAAUCUAUAAAAGUCUGCACUUGGGGUGUGAGUUAGUUCAAUUUAUUUUUUUUUCUUUUGAGAUUUUUACAUCACUUUAUAUGGGCAAACAUUCAGUGGUUUCUAUGCAUCAGCACAUUGCCCUGUUCAUUUCAACCCUCCACUCUAUAACAGAGAAACGCUUCAAAAGACCGUAACAAUCAAUUCGCUGGAUUUAUUUAUCUUUGAGCCUUGUUAAAAUGAAUACACAAUGAAAAAAUUAAGUAAUUGAUAGCAAUAGUUUAAAAGACGUUGGAUGCUUUUGGUUGUUGCUCAUGCCAUUGUCAAUUUAAAAUUAAAAAGACGACUGGUUACUUAAACUUACUGGGUGUGUAGAAAAGACAAAGUUUGAUCAAAGGAAGUGUGAAGGGGAACAGUGAUUUCGUUAGCGAGGAAUUGUCUGGUUCAGUGUUUGUCUUUCUGUCUGUGACAAGUGACAGUUGUUCGUGAUGGAUUUGGAUGACCUAGGGAGCACAAAAGUCGGAUCCGAUAUGGACGUGGUGGACGCGGUGAAGAUGAACCAGUUGCAGAAUUUGUUACACGAUUCUUUGAUAGCGACAGACCACGUCCAUCACUGUGCCAUCAUACGACGGAAGGACUGCAAUGUCAGAGCAAGCUCUGUAGGAUUUAAUCUCCACCAUGACCAGGUGCAGAUGUUACUAGAUGCCUUUAAAAACCCUCCACAGACCCGGGAAGAAGGUCUUUAUUUUGAUGACCAGCAAUACAAAUGUGUUCGUGCUGACAAAAACUCCAUAUAUGGAAAAUGUGAUAAGCGAGGAUUAAUCCUUGUGAAGACACAGUCUAUGUUAAUAGUAGCCACAUACACAGAAAACAUGUUCCCCAGUGUUUGUGUGGAAGCAGUAGAAAAACUAGCGGACUAUUUCAAAGAAAAAGGAAAAUAGCCUCUUCAUCCAACAUAUAUGCACUCAUGUUAUACUGUGAUAUCAAAAUGAUGGACAUGUUUACAAUUUACAUUUAUAUUUACACUUUUUUCUUAUCAAUUUA